AUCUGCGUCUUAACCUGUUAAAGGUUCUCACUAUUCUUUGUCACGAAGUCCCGUUUCCGUGAAUCGGUUGUAUUCUCGUGAAAACGGUUACGACCGUUAAGCGGAGUUUCUCGGCCUUUUUCCGGGUCUCGUGACCUUCGGAACGUUUGGACGCCGCGCGUGUUUGGCUGGGGAAGAAUUAGACCCGGACACCGCGUAGAUUUACAGGCUGAUGCAAGUUGAAUGAGGGAGCUGUCAGCUCGACGGUCAGGGUGAAGGAGAUGACAGACUGCCAAGGAGACGGGGAAGGAGCCAGCACUCCCAUGGAGCUUUAUGAGAGACUGGGCGCACAGGGGGAUAAAGUGAGGUCCCUGAAGUCAGCCAAAGCUGAGAAGGCUGAAGUUGAUGCUGCUGUCCAGCUGCUCCUAAAGCUGAAGAUCGACUACAAACAGAUGACGGGUCAGGAUUACAAGGCGGGCUGCCCGCCAUCGGAGGAGGCGGCUGCGCCGGACAACGGGCCGGCAGCCGAGGGGGACGAGGACACCGUGGACCCCUGGAACGUUUCAACCACCAAUGCCAAGGGAGUGGACUAUGAGAAAUUAAUAGUGAAGUUUGGGAGCAGUAAGAUCGACAAGGAGCUGGUGGAUAGAAUAGAGAAGGUAUGUGGACAGAAACCCCACCGCUUUCUGCGAAGAGGAGUUUUCUUCUCACACAGAGACAUGCAUCAGGUACUUGAUGCGUAUGAGAAGCACAAGUCCUUCUACCUGUACACCGGCAGAGGUCCGUCCUCAGAGGCCAUGCACGUCGGUCACCUCAUCCCUUUUAUCUUCACUAAGUGGCUUCAGGACGUGUUCGACAUCCCUCUGGUCAUCCAGCUGACUGACGACGAGAAGUACCUGUGGAAGGAUCUGACUGUGGAAGAAUGCCACCGCUUUGCCAUUGAAAAUGCCAAAGACAUAAUCGCCUGUGGCUUCGACCUCAACAAGACCUUCAUCUUCUCUGACCUCGACUACAUGGGCGCGUCCCCUGAGUUCUACCGAAAUGUGGUGAAGAUCCAGAAGCAUGUGACGUUUAACCAGGUUAAAGGCAUCUUUGGUUUUACGGACAGCGAUUGCAUCGGAAAGAUCAGUUUCCCAGCCAUCCAGGCGGCGCCGUCCUUCAGUAACUCCUUCCCUCAGAUCUUCGGAAGCAGAAGCGACAUACAGUGUCUCAUUCCUUGUGCCAUUGAUCAGGACCCCUACUUCAGGAUGACCCGCGAUGUUGCGCCGAGGAUCGGCUAUCCGAAACCAGCGCUGCUGCACUCCACCUUCUUCCCCGCCCUGCAGGGGGCGCAGACGAAGAUGAGCGCCAGCGACGCCAACUCCUCCAUAUUCCUCACAGACACGCCGAAGCAGAUCAAGAACAAGAUUAACAAACACGCGUUUUCGGGGGGGAAGGACACCGUGGAAGAACACAGGAAGUACGGUGGGAACCCAGAUGUGGACGUCUCAUUCAUGUAUCUGACUUUCUUCCUCGAGGAUGACGAGCAGCUGGAGAAAAUCAGACAGGACUACACGAGUGGAGCUCUCCUCACAGGGGAACUGAAGAAGAUAUUGAUUGAGACUCUGCAGCCGAUGAUUGCCCAGCAUCAAGAGAGACGCAAAGGAGUCACAGAAGACAUUGUGAAGCAAUUCAUGACACCCAGGCCUUUAAAUUUUAACCUGUAGCUCACUCAGGCACCACAAAUCCAUGUUUGUUGUCCUCAGCCUUUUUUCCCCAUUUAAAGUAAUCUGUAAAGGGAGGAAACGUUAAAAGGAUGUUGUUGUUCUCCAUGGCUAAAUAAGCAUGGCGCCGCUCGUGUUGCAUCAAAUGCACACUUCUGUGUUCAUAAUGUAUCGCUCAGCAGCAGCUCUCCUUGGAGUGAAAGUGAGAGGCGUGUUGUAUAAAACCUGCUUAAAGACAACAGAAAAUACAAAACUCCUCUGCUUUUGGAGGUCGUCUGUGGAAAAUCAAUGAUUGAUUGCAGCUCUGUGUGUUAUCACGCUAAUAUCGUAACGACAUGAGCCUCAAACAGUGUGUCUACAUCAAAAAGGGAACUAAAAGUAAGUAAAACUUGCUUUAUAAUGAGUAUUCGUCCUUUAUUUGAGCUGGCAAGUUUAAAUGAAUUGCAGAUUUUUGCACCUAAAAUAGUAACAACACAUCAUCUUAUUUCUAGUGCAGUAUAUUAAUUAUCUUGUUUUAGGGGUCAAAAUAUUAAUUCCUACGUGAGAGCAUCUUAUUUACCGGCUCAUAUUAAAGACAAAUACACUCAUUACAAGAAAAUUAGACUUUUAGUUCCCUUAUUGCAGUGGCAGCAACAUUGCUAUUUAUGACCUUAUUCCUAAAACAAUAUCUAGUGUUCACGUUUUGAGAUUUUAAUCACGCCUUCAAGGGUUUCUUUUUAGAUGGUUAUGAUUAUACUGCACAAAGCUGUAAUGAAUAUUUAAAACAAAAAACAGAAUUGGGUGCACACAUUUUCUCACAUUCACACACGGUCAAUAUUAAACACACAAGCUGGCAUCCUUGGAA